AUGACACAAGAAGAAGAGAGACGUCUCAAAGCCGAAGAGAACCAUGGGGACCGAAGGGCACUCGUGGGACUACAGGUCAAAGAUCUCAAAGGGCUGAUAAGCGAAGAAGUUGCUGCUGCAUUAAAACAAAACACUGACCAGGUCAACCGCGAUGUUCAGAAGCAACUGGAACCUGAGCUUCGUGAGAGCGGGAAGAGCGAUCGCGCGCUCAAACACAAGAGCGGCAAGAGCAACGUCCGCCCAUGGACACUGUUCGAUCUGACCGUGUAA